AUGGUGUAUCAGCCCACGCUUGCACCCUCCAUGGCACCAGCCACGACACAAGUGCCGGUGCCAGCACCUGUCGUGGAGAAGGUUUACCUGAGGGAUCAAGCGGUGCAAAGUGAUCCUCCAGCGAUCCCAGGUGUUGACGACAACGUGAUUGGUGACCCUAAACCAAAGGUGAGUGUGGGGACGGACGCAGCACCACCUGCACGCCCACUCAGCGCUGUUGACAAGGCUAACUUGCUACAAGGCAUAAGUGGCGGGCCCAAGCCGCCAGUCGGGCCAUCUGCAUCUCCCGGCGAAAGUGCACCUGCUAAGCGCGAGCUCCGCUGGAAGUUCGAGGAUGAGGACAUGCUCCAAGCGGACGAGAUCUCGCUGGAACUCCUGACGCUUCGAACUUUUUCACCUUCAGAAGGGGAGCGAGUCUACUUCCAGCUGCGUUUCUUCCAGUUUCCAGCAGUGAAGACAGCAUCGGCUGCAUUAGCGGGCAAGGCGGGGGAUGCUUGCCUUUUGCGGAGCGCUGUGACCAAUGAGCGCCUCGCAAUGGUUUUCCAGAUGGAUGGAUACAAGAUAGGAUCUGUGGCGGCUUCUGCAGCAUCUGUGCAUCGGCACCUGGUCAAGUAUAUGAGCGCCCGCAGUGCAGAUAUCGAGAUGUGGAGUGCUGAGUCUGGCAUGCACAUCGGAACGACGUCAGUCCCUCUCGAGAUGCUGGUCAGACAGGGACAUCAGGUGGCGAAGGUGGAAGCUGAAUAUGCAGUCCUGGAGCCCCUGACUGGCGAACCUAAAGGGACCUUGCGCAUGCUUCUCGUGAAUCGUGGCCGCCCGCCGACCCCGUACCAACAACUUAAUUCUAACAACUUACCACCACCCCCACCAGUUGAGGCUAACACUCUCCAGUCACCUCCACCUGCACCGUCGCCUCCUCGUGGAAGAACUCGCCACAAAGUCACCGCUCUGAUGGAGCCCGGAUCCGACCUUCAUGGGGCACAGAAUCUCACUGGUCAGGGCACUAUGGCUGAAGAGCUGAACCAGAGAAAGCACGAGAGGCUAAAGCAGCUUCGCAUGCUUCGCAAGUCCGACUUCGCAGACCCCUUCUCCAACCACUCCGCGCUUCUAGCAGCAGCGGAGUCUGUGCGCCAAGAGCGCAAGCGGCAAGAGGUUGCACGAAGGAUGGAUCGUUUCAACACCACACACCAGUCUCUUACAGCAAGCUUUGCCACACCAUGCUACUUCUCCGUAGAUUUCACGAAUCCUUACGGGCAGCAGGCCACCUUCACAGUAUUGGUGGCGGGAGAUAAGCCACGGGCACCAGAGAUUUUGCCCGCAGUGCCGCCACAACAGCCGCUGCAAGGAGCCAACGUUCUCACAGAGAAGCCAGAUCAUGCGCUGAUGCUUGUGAAGGAUCCAGAGGAGUGGCGACGGUUGGUGGCCCUCGGAGUGGUGCCCACAGCGCCGUCAGGUGAUUUUGCUCGUCUGGCUGCCGGAUCCUUCAUCCUAAACCCAAAGGAGAGCAUCAGUUUGCCCUUUCGCUACCUGGAUUUCGGUUUCCCGAGCCUGGAGACAGCAGCCCAGCUGGCACCUCCCAGCGGACUCCGCUUGGCCGAUGUCGCAGCAGUGGUAGCGGGACCCAGCAGCAAGGACUUUCGGGUGGAGGUGGCUCUUGAUCAAGGUCCAGUGCUGCGCCGUGUGGAGGUCUCGGUUAUUUCGCAGCCUACUGCCAUCGACCGAACGGUGCGUUUCUUCGAGGCCGAGGGCACUGCAGCAGAUAAGGUGGUUGCGCUGCCACCAUCGCCAGAUCCGUCGGCCGGGAGCUGCUACGUCUACUGCACCAACAGAGAUGUGCAUGUGCAACGACGAGAGCAGGAUGAGAUUUCGCUGCGGUUCAUUGCCCCGCAGUCUCCCAACACGCUUUCCUUUUUCCUGGUUUUUUACGCGGAUGCGCACUUCAGUCAAGUUGUGGCCAUCCAGCUGAUCGAUGUGCAAGGCCUGCGUACUGAACGGAUCCGUCUGGUAGUUGGACAAAGCGUCGAGCGAGCAAUUUGCCUGGCACCAGCAGAGGUUUUAGAUGCGGGAUCGGUGCGACUGCACUCCUCAAAUCCCGAGGUUGUUACGGUGCAGCACACAGCCGAGGUGGAUCCACGCUAUGGGGUCAAGUUUACGGUGUUGAUUACUUCAAUGCAGGUGGGAACUCGAGCCUGCCGUUUGCACGCGGUGGAUCCAGCGAUACGGCGGCUAGUUGCUGCCCUACUCGUCGUGGUGGCAGCAGAUCCGCCUGAAGUGAAGAUGGUCCACACCAUCACGCUGCCCGUCCUGACGGCCGUCCGCAAGCGCCUCCUUUUCAAGAAUGAGGCAGUCCGGCCCAUCAAGUACAUAGUGCGAGCAUCCGAACCAGCGCUGGUGACAGUGCAGUCCCCGGAGCUGGUCAUCAAUUCGCUGGACACUCGAUGCAUCGAACUCCUGUUUCAUGCUGUUCCAGCUACGUUGUCAUACAACGCAGAGGUCUUCCUCUUCAUCACGUCAGAAGAUCGUGCCAUUCACGAGACUCGCAUGCUGGAGCUCGCCUACACUUGCCCAUGCCCUGGUGACCGCAGCACGGAGUUCCAGGCAGAUGCUGAGCUUGGUACGGACUACGCUGAGCCACGAGUGCGGUCAACGCCCCCGGGCCCACCUCCGCCUCAGUUUCCGCGGGCUCCGGCAGCGCCGCCGGGCUAUGGUGGUCGUGCUGCAAGUACGGGCUUGCCGAGAAGACCUCUCAGAGCACCGGCGGGUGGACGCCAAAUGUCUGCUAAAACGACGGGUCGUCGUCGUCUGCUUCCCAAGAUAAAUCGCAGUGACCCUUUGGCGGAUCCGCCAGCUCUGACGGAGUUUGACUUGCAGGCCGGUUUGCUUGACCUCGCAGCCCGGGGCUUCAUUCCUCCAGCGGCUGAUCUGACGCCCGCUAUGGAGCGAGGUGUGCCAUGUCUCCUGCAGCGGCCGGCCAUGGUCUACGAUCAGGCUCUAAAGCAGGAUCGGCACGACUUGAGAUCGGAAGACCUGGCCAAGGUGAGGCUAGAUCUGCGAGAGCACGUGCUUCGGACGCUUGGGCCCCUGGAGGAUCCUCCCAGCUCAGACGUUUCGCAGGCUCGGACUUCUCGACAGCUGCCGCCGUUGCCAGCACUUCCUGCGCCGCCUGCAGCACCUGGAUCUGUGGCAGAGGCAUAUGGCACCUUUUGCACGGAGCUGCUAGAUGCAGCUGGAGACGACUCCGCUAUCCUUGAGGCAGCUGUGGCAGCUUUGCCUCCACCAGGUCCGACCGAGGCUGAAAUUGAGGAUGCAGCUGCAUCAAGGAUAGCGGCCACUUGGCGCAUGUCUGCGCAGCGCCGAAGGUAUCUGGAAUUGCGGACCACACACCGGGCUGCUCGACGCAUCCAGUCCGGCUGGCACACAUCCGUGGUAAGAGCUGCAACGCGUCAAGAGCUGAUGCGUCGUGAGGAGGAGGAGCGUAAGCUUCAGACCAUGAUGAUGUACCAGAUUGGCCAGGACUGGUUUCAGGCCAAAGCCAUGCGCCGAGUAGAGGUGCACGUUUGUUCGCUGAGCAUUGCUGAGCACCGGCGUCGCCGCAUGAACGGGUACCAGGUAUUGCAAGCUGCACAAAUAGCUCGCAUCUUCCGGCUGGCAGAUGCCAAACGGGACAUCAUAUUUGUCGCACCAAAACAUAUUCACGAGGACGUCCUGGACUAUUACUCCAAGAUAAUGCAGUUCCGGGGCAUCCAGAAUCCACCGGGCCGAUUUCAGGUUGUGGUUCCAGAGAACAUGGAUCUCAAGGACAAAAUGUCUCUCAGCCAGGCUCUACUUUGCUCGCCAAAGGCACUGAAACGUAUUCGAAAGCUGGUCAGCAACCGCGUGGCAAUGCUGAUUCCAGAGGCUGUCACUCAUGUCGAGGCGAAGCUCAGUUGUGCCCUGAGGCUGCCCCUCAUCGGUCCCAGCUCACGGAACAUGUCGCUUCUGGCGUCCAAGUCCAACGCUAAAAAACUCGCGCACUUGGCGCAGCUGCCAAUUGGGCCGUGGGCGACGGACAUCUACGAUGAGGACGAGUUCUUCACCUGUCUAGCAGGGCUUGUGAUCAAGCAUCCGAAGGUGCGGACAUGGCUUUUCAAGAUCGAUGAUGAGAGGGGCUCUCGGGGCACAGCCUACAUUGACCUCCAGAAGCUGCACCAGGCAGCUGUGCUGCAUCGCGGCAUCAUGGUGUUUCGAAUGGGCGCCAUGCCAGGUCCAGCAGAGCAUCAAUGCCUCGGCUCCGGCACUGCUAGGCUGGAUCAGGGCAAGAAGGGUCCGCGCAGCGUUGCAGCAUCACGUGCCAAGACGGGCGGUUCUGUGCCAUCGGCAGGCUCAGCUUCCUGCAUCCAGCGCCGUGGUGUUGUUGCAGUUUCGCGGAAUCCUGGCCAGAAGGUAUAUGGUGAUUUCGCAUCAUGGCUGGCAGAGGCCUGCCGCAUUGGCUGCGUUAUCCAGGCGGUGCCUGAGAACAUGAUUUCACAGACGAGUGUGCAUUUCCAAGUCGCACCGGAUGGGGCCAUCGACAUCCUUGGCACGUCCGAGGCCAUCAUGAGCAUGCCCUUCGUUCGGGCUGCUUCAUGGUAUCCUCAUUCACGAGGAAGCUUUGAGGUCCUUCAAGAAGCCGGCUAUCGCCUCGGCCGGUGUCUUGCGGCCAAGGGCUUCAUGGGCUUUGCAUCAGCUGACGUGGUUUUCUUUGACAACCCCGAGUUUGAUGCCAACGAGAUGGUCUCGGAGCCUCGUGAGUCGACGCCAGCAAUCAUUGGUAGCGACACGCCGGUCAACCCUGAGGACCUGAUGUUUGGCAACCUACGGUCGCCAUCGCCCGACAUCAGCGUAGAAAACGGUGACUUCCAACCGUCCGCAGACUCCCUACCAGAAAGCAGGCAGGCGGACUACAAUGCGGCCCUUCAGGUCCACGAGGAACAAAUGAAGUGGGAGCGGCAGUCCUUUGAUCCUGUGAGCCUCAUGCUCGGAGGACCUGAUCAGGUUGGGAGUUGCUGA